AUGGGUUUGUCCUCUUUUUGGUUAAUGGAUAAUGCAAACUGUACAAGCUUGGGCAAUCAGCCAACAAGUAAUACCAAAGACUUACAAGGUAAAGAGCAGUGUGAUCAUUCUCAUUGUGAACCUACUGAUGAUUUGCAUGUAGUGAAUGAAAAUAAUGAAGAGGCAAUUGAAGAGGUCAUUCUUGGAAAAGAGUUUAUGGAUGUUGAGAGUGCAUCUAAGUUUUAUAACAAUUAUGGUGGCAAACAUGGAUUCAAUGUGAGGAUAAGAAACAGUAGGAAAAACAUUGAGAAUUUUGUGACAUGGGUACGUUAUUGUUGUUCAAAAGAAGGUUUCAGGAUAAAGGACAAGCGUCGUACAAAUGCAUCUUAUUCUCAACCAGUUACAAGAUGUGGUUGUCAAGCUCAUCUGACCAUCCAACUGCAGAAGAAUGGAAAUUUCAAGGUUGUCUCAUUUGAGAAAAAUCAUAAUCAUCCUUUGAUUAGUACUCCAAUGAAGCAUUUGCUUAAAGUCAAUAGAAAUAUAUCUGAGGCACAAAAAGCACAUGCAGAUGAUGCUGAAUGUUCUGGUUUCUCCAUAAAAGCAACUGUGGAGCUGAUGAGUAGAGAAGUAGGAGGGCCAGAGUAUCUUGGAUUUUCACACAAGGAUUACAUGAAUUACAUACAUAGAAAGCGAAUGUCUAAAAUGGAAAAGGGAGAUGCAGGUGCUAUAUUACAGUACUUUCAGAAGAUGCAAUCUGAGAAUUCGUCAUAUUUUUAUUCAAUCCAACUUGAUGAGGAUGAUAUGAUCACCAAUAUAUUUUGGGCUGAUGCUCGAUCGGUAAGUGAUUAUAGUCUUUUUGGAGAUGUGCUUUGUUUUGAUACAACGUACAGAACAAACGAAUAUGGUCGACCAUUUGCACCGUUUGUUGGGGUUAAUCAUCAUAAGCAAACAACACUAUUUGGUGCAGCUUUGUUAUAUGAUGAAACAACAGAGUCUUUUAGGUGGUUAUUUGAGACAUUCCUCUCUACUAUGUCUGGUAAGCAACCAUUUACCAUUCUCACUGAUCAGUCUGCUGCCAUGGCUAAAGCAAUAAAAGAUGUUUUUCCCCAAGCUACUCAUCGCUUAUGUGUUUGGCAUCUUUAUCAAAAUGCUGCUAAGAAUCUAAGUCAUGUCUUUCAUGGAUCUUCAGAAUUUGUUGAAGAUUUUAGCAAUUGUAUGUAUGACUAUGAGUUUGAGCAUGAGUGGCUAUUAGCAUGGAAUGAUAUGCUUGAGAAAUAUAGCCUCAAGGAAAACAAGUGGCUGAAUAAUUUAUUUGAAUUGCGAGAAAAAUGGGCGUUGGUGUAUGGGAGACAUACUUUCACCGCGGAUAUGAAAAGCACACAACGUAGUGAAUGCAUGAAUAAUGUGCUUAAGAAAUAUUUGAGGCCGGAGCAUAAUCUUUUGCGGUUUUUUGAACAUUAUGAAAGAGUUUUAGCUGAUCGAAGAUAUGAAGAGUUGAUUGCUGAAUACAAGAUGCUACAAACAACUCCUGUCUUAGCAGUAAGUGCACAUAUGCUGCAACAUGCAGCAGAGGUCUAUACUCCAAAGGUUUUCUUGCUGUUUCAAAAAGAAUUUGUGAGAAUUCAUAAUUAUAGUACUUACAAGGUUGGCAAGUCUGGGUCGACAUCAGAGUAUAUAGUAUCAUAUAGUUCUGAACAUAAUGAGCACUUGGUCAGAUAUGAAGAUUCAACACAAAAUGUUGAUUGUAGUUGUAAAAAGUUUACUUUUGUUGGGAUUCUGUGUGUUCAUGCACUAAAAGUGCUUGACAAGAAGAAUGUGAAGACGAUUCCACCGCAAUACAUUUUAAAGCGAUGGACAAGAGAAGCAAAAAUUAUGAGUAUUACUAGUUAUCAUGGAAAUGAGGUUCACGGCAAUCCUAAGGAAUCGAUCGGCAAACGGUAUGGCUACUUGUGCCGCACUUCUCGUGAUAUUUUAAUUGUUGCAGCAGAUGAUGAAGAGUUAACAAGAUAUGCACAUGAAUUGAAGAGGUUGAGGGAAUAG